UGCAAGAAGUGAUAUUCAGGGGGAAAGCUCAGCAGAGCCUAAAGGAGGAGACGGAGAAUAUUGUUUGGCGGCUGAGCGAGGGGGUGAGUGAGCCCCCAGACACACCACACGUGGCAGCAGCUGUGGGGAUGAUGCAGCGCCGGGAAAUGCAAGCAAAGAGGGGUCAGCAAAACUGCAAAUGCUUUGCAUCGGGAAGGAGAGCUGGAGAAAAGCAGUGCAAAAGAGAUCUGGCCAAAGAGCUUGCAGGAGAGAGUGAAGCGGUUCAAAGAAGCAGGAGGUGUUUUUGUUCAUCGUGAAGAUUUAUACCGGACAGCAAGCUUUUUCAGAUGCCCAUCCCAGGGCAGUGUCAAAACCAGGUCUUUGCCCAGAACAUCACCACGACCACGACUACCAUGCCACCCCCUGCCACCUCCUCCGCGACCGAGGCUUACGUGCGGACGCAGUACUGUAAGUGGCCGUGCGAAUGUCCGAAGACGCCGCCCGUUUGCCCGGCGGGCGUCAGCCUGAUGACCGACGGCUGUGAGUGCUGCAAGACGUGUGCCAAGCAGUUGGGAGAGAACUGCACUGAGGCGGACACUUGCGACGUCCACAGGGGGCUGUACUGUGACUACAGCAGAGACAGACCGAGGUACGAAAUAGGAGUGUGUUCACAAAUUGUCGGCCUCGACUGCAUCCUCGAUGGGGUCAGGUACAAGAACGGACAGUCCUUCCAGCCCAAUUGCAAGUACAAUUGCACCUGUAUCGGAGGAGCGGUGGGCUGCGUCCCCACCUGCAGAGACUCCAAGCCGCCCCUCGUCUGGUGCCCCAACCCCAAACAGAUUAAGCUGAAGGGGCAAUGCUGCGAACAGUGGGUCUGCGAUGAGUCAAAGAAAAUCAGAAAGACUUCCCCACGGCACAUAUCCUCUGCAGUUUACGAAGGGGAAAUUGAGUUGUGGCAGAAAAACUGCAUCCUCCACACCUCUUCCUGGAGUCCCUGCUCGAAGACCUGCGGGAUGGGCACGUCCCAAAGAAUCACGAACGAGAACGACCAGUGCCGUCUGACAAAAGAGAGCCGGCUCUGUAACAUGCGCCCAUGCGAAGAGGACAUCGCCAAGCACAUUAAGCCUGGAAAGAAAUGCUUAGCUGUGUACAGGAGGCAGGAGCUGAUGAACUAUACUCUGUCUGGAUGCGUGAGCAAGGCAGCUUACCGGCCGAAAUACUGUGGCGUCUGUGUGGACAAUCGCUGCUGUACUCCGUACAAGUCGAAGACCAUCGACGUGAGCUUCGAGUGCCCGGAUGGGACCGGGUUCUCCAAGAAAGUCAUGUGGAUCAACGCCUGCUUUUGCAACCUGAGCUGCAAGAGCCCCAAUGACAUUUUCGCUGACUUAGCUCAUUAUCACGAUUACUCCGAAGUUGCUAAUUAAGUUGGCUGGGUAUGAUGGCAUGCGC